CGUGCAUUUUUUUUUCAAAUUAAACAAAAUAAAAUAAUUUAGUUAUUUAUAAAUAACGAAAAAAUGUCGGAGAAAAUUUUAGAGAUAAAUUUAUUAAAAUUAAUUUCAUUGUUCAUAAUAAUAAAACAAGCAAGUGGAUUUUUGUUGCACAAUGUCACUAAUCUAUCACGUGAACGGAGAAGUGCUGGACUAGUAUCACCAAAUUGCUAUUGCGAUGAUCUAAAUAAAUUGUGCAAAUUUUCUGAUGGUGAUAUUGAUUUACGGAUAACAAAUCAGGAAUACCUAGAAGAGUGUCCAUUUGGCAAAGUAAAAUAUUGUGAUAUUGCUGUGGGGAUGGCAAAUGAAAUAUGUGGCGGCAGAAAAUUAACGGAUACCACUUAUGAGAAUGGUAUUGCCAAUAUUGGAGAAUAUCCAUGGCAUGUUGCCAUCUUAGUACGUAUUAAUAGUGAAACUUAUCGCACUGCUGGUGCAGGAGUUCUAGUAACAAGUAGUCAUGUUUUGACUGUUGCUCAUAAAAUUAAAUCGAUACCAUCCAGUUCAAUAAGAAUUCAUAUAGGAGAUAGUCUUGGAUAUGGAGACAAUGCUCCCUGUCAAGUAUAUGAUUACCAAGCUCGUUAUGUCAUAAUUCACCCAAAAUUUAAUGCUAAAACAGCACAAAAUAAUUUAGCAUUGAUAAAGCUCUCUGAAUCAGUGCCAUUAGCUAUCAGUCCUCAUAUUAAUAUCGCAUGUUUGCCACUGGGAGCUCCUAAACCAAAAAAAAGGUGUUGGGUAUCAGGAUGGAAUGAAGCCGAUUUUGAUCCUUCUGGACGUUUUAUUCAGCCAUUAAAAGAAGUUGAUGUUCCGAUUGUUGAUGCUAAAAAAUGUGAAGAGCGUCUGCAGACUACAAGAUUAACGCACAAUUAUAAAUUGGAUAAAAGAAGUUUUCUUUGUGCCGGUGCUGAACCAGGAAAAGAUUCUUGCACGGGUGAUGGUGGCGCCCCAUUGGUCUGUGAACGAGAAAACGGUCGGUGGGAAGUUGUGGGAUUGGUUGCUGGUGGCAUUGGAUGUGGACAAACAAUCCCUGGCCUUUAUGUCAACAUCAUUACCUAUAUUGAUUGGAUUCGCGAACAAAUCGUCAAUUCAUGUUAAUUGUCUGUUUAAGAUUGAUUGAUUUUUAUUAUUAAAAAUAUAUUUCGUGGAGAAAAAAACAGUAACCGCUGCGGUGCAGAACAGUUAUGCAGACACUAUAAUGUAUGAAAUAACCAAAUAUCGGCUGGGUGACCGCUUAACCACGUGUUGGGCUCAAACGGAAGUUUCUGAGCGCUAGGCACGGGACUACUUUCACUAUCAGAUGAGGUGUAAGUCACCUCGAAAUAAUGCAGUAAAGUGGGCAUAGUGUAGAAAUAUCAAUUGAUUACCUCCUGGAACACAUUUAUCACUCUUUUGACUCGUCUGGUUAUCUUACUGCAGAGUUAUAAGUACUAUAUAUUUCACUGUUGCGCAAUAACCGGACAUGUUGUUAGCCACGUUCACAGUCGUACUGCGCAUGUCGUACUGCGCAGGUGUACCAUCAACUGAUCCUAACAAUUUUACUCGAUGACUUGUGAUCCCUACGAAUUCAUCCCAUUCACAUUUUGUUGAAAAUGAUCAAGAUGAAUGUUCAAGAACUGAUGAUAAUAAAAGUUAUUAAAAUCUUGAUGAAACUGAUGAAUUAGAAACUUAGUUGUUGGCAGUGCUGCCAGAACGUGCGAUAUUUUUACCCCCUCUUGAGGUGAAAUAGCAUUGACUGUAAUGGCAGGAGGCGGUAAAAAUAUCCCACGUUCUGGCAGCACUGGUUGUUGGUUAGAUCUAGUCUGUGGGAUCAGUUAUUUGAGGAAUCCAUUGUCGUGUGAUCACUUGUCGGAGAUAAGUUACCAUGGACCUCAUUACUCACUGUAAUUAGACACGGUACUCACUGCUGUCAGAAGAGUAGCUGUUGCUGUCAUCAGAAUAAUCCUUACGUUUUGAUGAAAGAUUUUAUUAUUUUGUAUAUUUUAUUGACUGCAUCACUAUUCCGUGUACCAAUGGGUACUGUUUUUUUUCUCCGUAAAUUUAGGUUAGAUCAAUGAUUGAAUCAUAAAAUUUUUUGUACGUCUUAAUAAAAUAAAUAUUGAUAAUCG